GCGACUUCCGGCGUAGAGAGGCGGGGCUGUGCGUGGCUGAGCCAGCAACUGGAGCCGUGAGGAGGGCGGCUGAGGGCCCGCUGGGCGCUGGCCGCCGGCCGCCAUGGAGGCCGUGCCCCGCAUGCCCAUGAUCUGGCUGGACCUGAAGGAGGCAGGUGACUUCAAUUUCCAGCCGGCUGUGAAGAAGUUUGUGCUGAAGAAUUAUGGUGAGAACCCAGAAGCCUACAACGAGGAGCUGAAGAAGCUGGAGUUGCUCAGACAGAAUGCCAUCCGUGUCCCCCGGGACUUUGAGGGCUGCAGUGUCCUCCGGAAGUACCUUGGCCAGCUGCACUACCUGCAGAGCCGCGUCCCCAUGGGCUCAGGGCAGGAGGCUGCAGUCCCUGUCACCUGGACUGAGAUCUUCUCAGGCAAGUCUGUGGCCCAUGAAGACAUCAAAUACGAGCAAGCCUGCAUCCUUUACAACCUCGGCGCGCUGCACUCCAUGCUGGGGGCCAUGGACAAGCGGGUGUCAGAGGAGGGCAUGAAGGUCUCCUGCACCCACUUCCAGUGUGCAGCAGGCGCCUUUGCCUACUUGCGGGAGCAUUUCCCACAGGCCUAUAGUGUGGACAUGAGCCGCCAGAUCCUCACGCUCAAUGUCAAUCUCAUGCUGGGCCAGGCUCAGGAGUGCCUGCUGGAGAAGUCCAUGCUGGACAAUCGGAAGAGCUUCCUGGUGGCCCGCAUCAGUGCACAGGUGGUGGACUACUACAAGGAAGCCUGCCGGGCCCUGGAGAGUCCUGACACCGCCUCACUGCUGGGCCGAGUGCAGAAGGACUGGAGGAAGCUGGUGCAGAUGAAGAUCUAUUACUUUGCGGCUGUGGCUCACCUGCACAUGGGGAAGCAGGCCGAGGAGCAGCAGAAGUUCGGGGAGCGGGUGGCCUACUUCCAGAGUGCUCUGGACAAGCUUAAUGAAGCCAUCAAGUUGGCCAAGGGCCAGCCUGACACUGUGCAAGAUGCCCUUCGCUUCACAAUGGAUGUCAUCGGGGGAAAGUACAAUUCUGCCAAGAAGGACAAUGACUUCAUCUACCAUGAGGCGAUGCCAGCCCUUGACACCCUGCAGCCUGUGAAAGGUGCUCCCUUGGUGAAGCCCUUGCCUGUAAACCCCACGGAUCCGGCUGUCACAGGCCCUGACAUCUUUGCCAAACUGGUACCCAUGGCUGCCCACGAGGCCUCAUCACUGUACAGUGAGGAGAAGGCCAAGCUGCUCCGGGAGGUGAUGGCCAAGAUAGAGGACAAGAACGAGGUCCUGGACCAGUUCAUGGAUUCCAUGCAGUUGGACCCUGAAACAGUGGACAACCUGGACGCAUACAGCCACAUUCCACCGCAGCUCAUGGAGAAGUGUGCUGCGCUCAGUGUGCGGCCUGACACGGUCAGGAACCUCGUCCAGUCCAUGCAGGUGCUGUCAGGCGUGUUCACGGAUGUGGAAGCCUCUCUGAAAGAUAUUGGGACCCUGCUGGAGGAGGAUGAGCUUCAAGAGCAGAAGCUGCAGGAGGCCCUGGGUCAGGCUGGGACUGGCCCAGCCACCGCCAAGGGGGAGCUGGCAGAGGUGAGAAAGGAGUGGACCAAGUACAUGGAGGUGCACGAGAAGGCCUCCUUCACCAAUAGUGAGCUGCACCGUGCCAUGAACCUGCAUGUGGCCAACCUGCGCCUGCUCAGCGGGCCCCUGGACCAGGUCCGGGCUGCCUUGCCCACGCCGGACCUCACCCCAGAGGACAAGGCCGUGCUGCAGAACCUGAAGCGCAUCUUGGCCAAGGUGCAGGAGAUGCGGGACCAGCGUGUGUCCCUGGAGCAGCAACUGCGCGAACUGAUCCAGAAGGAUGACAUCACAGCCUCCCUAGUGACCACUGACCACUCGGAGAUGAAGAAGCUGUUUGAGGAGCAGCUGAAGAAAUAUGACCAGCUGCGGGUGUACCUGGAGCAGAACCUGGCUGCCCAGGACAACGUGCUUCGCGCGCUCACCGAGGCCAAUGUGCAGUACGCAGCUGUGCGGCGGGUGCUCAGUGAGCUGGACCAGAAGUGGAACUCCACACUGCAGACCCUGGUGGCCUCUUACGAAGCCUACGAGGACCUGAUGAAGAAGUCCCAGGAGGGCAAGGACUUCUAUGCGGACUUGGAGAGCAAGGUGGCCACCCUGCUGGACCGGGCUCAGUCUGCCUACCAGGCACGAGAGGCUGCCCGCCAGCAGCUCCUGGACCGAGAGCUGAAGAAGAAGCCACCCCCACGGCCCACAGCCCCAAAGCCACUGCUGCCCCGCAGGGAGGAGAGCGAGGCCACAGAGGCGGGGGACCUGCCGGAGGAACUGCGCAGCUUGCCCCCUGACAUAGCGGCCGGCCCACGGCUGCCUGACACCUUCUUGGGUGCCCCCACCCCACUCCACUUCACGCCUGGCCCCUUCCCCAGCUCCACCAUCCCGGGCUCCCACUAUGCCCCAGGUGUGCUCCCCCCGGCUCCCUACUCUGGCCCCCCCAAGUUGCUGCAGGCUAGGGUUUCAGGGCCGCUGGCCAUGCCCGUGGCACCGUCCCCUGUCCUCUACCCAGCCCCUGCCUACUCCCCUGAGCUGGGGCUUGUGCCCCGCUCCUCCCCACAGCAUGGUGCAGUGAGCACUCCCUAUGGGGCAGUAGGGGCACCCCUGGCGGGUGCAGGGCUGCCCUCCGCUCCUCCUUCCCAGUUUGCAGGCCCCGAGUUGGCCAUGGCAGUUCGGCCAGCCACCACCACAGUGGACAGUGUCCAGGCCCCCAUCUCCAGCCACCUGGCACUGCAGCCCAACCCCAGCCCUGCUCCCCAGCCCUGCUUCCCAUCACAGCCCAUGCCCCCGCCGCAGCAGCUGCCUGUGCCCUACACAUACCCGGUUGGGACCAAGCAGCCUCUUGCAGCACCCCCAGCUCAGCUCUUCUCCUCUGGGGUCCCUACGGGGUUUCCCCCACCACAGGGCCCCAGGAUCACCCCCCAGCCACAUCCUUCCAGGGCAGCAUUUGGACCUCUGCCCCCUCCGCAGCCUCUUCCAUUCCAGCAUCCACACCUCUUUCCACCCCAGGCUCCGGGAGUCAUUCCCUCCCAGUCUCCUUACCCCUUCCCAGCACCACCAUCCGGUGUCCUUGCACAGCCACCAGCUGCCCUGCAUACCCAGCUCUACCCUGGCCCCUCCCAGGAAGGCCUGCCAACCCCGGCAGGGGCUCUGCCCUUCCCUAACCCAGGGACUCCCCAGCCACCUCACCCACCUCUGGCCUAUGGUCCCGCUCCGUCUCCCAGGCCCAUGGGCACCCAGGCAGCCCCGCUCCCUAUGCGUGGCCCUCCGCCCACCGGCCAGCCCAGCCCCAGUGCCCAUCUGGUGCCUUCACCCGCCCCUUCCCCGGGACCUGGCCCAGUGCCCACUCGGCCCCCUGCAACAGAUCCACCUGUGUGCCCACGCCGGGGCACAGCGGCUGCAGACUUGCUGUCCUCCAGCCCAGAGAGCCAGCACGGUGGUGCACAGCCUCCUGGGGGUGGGCAGCCCCUGCUGCAGCCGACCAAGGUGGACGCAGCUGAUGGCCGACGCCCACAGGCCCUGCGGCUCAUAGAACGGGAUCCCUACGAGCAUCCUGAGAGGUUAGAGCGGCUGCGGCAGGAGCUGGAGGCCUUCAGGGGCCAGCUGGGGGACUCAGGGGCGCUGGAUGUGGUCUGGCGGGAGCUACAGGAGGCACAGGAGCAGGACGCUCGAGGCCGCUCCAUUGCCAUCGCCCGCUGCUACUCCCUGAAGAACCGGCACCAGGACGUGAUGCCAUAUGACAGCAACCGCGUGGUUCUUCGCUCGGGCAAAGAUGACUACAUCAAUGCCAGCUGUGUGGAGGGGCUGUCCCCGUACUGCCCGCCCCUGGUGGCCACCCAGGCCCCGCUGCCCGGUACAGCUGCCGACUUCUGGCUCAUGGUCCACGAGCAGAAAGUGUCGGUCAUCGUCAUGCUGGUGUCAGAGGCUGAGAUAGAGAAGCAAAAGGUCGCCCGCUACUUCCCCACGGAGCGUGGCCAGCCCAUGGUGCAUGGAGCCCUGAGCGUAGCGCUGAGCAGCGUGCGUAACACCGAAACCCACGUGGAGCGGGUGCUGAGCCUACAGUUCCGCGACCAGAGCCUCAAGCGCUCCCUUGUGCACCUCCACUUCCCCACCUGGCCGGAGCUAGGCCUGCCGGACAGUCCCAGCAACCUGCUGCACUUCAUCCAGGAGGUGCACGCACAUUACCUGCACCAGCGGCCCCUGCACACGCCCGUCGUUGUGCACUGCAGCUCCGGCGUGGGUCGCACAGGUGCCUUUGCGCUGCUCUACGCAGCUGUGCAGGAGGUGGAGGCAGGCAGCGGCAUCCCUGCGCUGCCACAGCUGGUGCGCCGCAUGCGGCAGCAGAGGAAGCACAUGCUACAGGAGAAACUGCACCUCAGGUUCUGCCAUGAGGCGGUGGUGCGGCACGUGGAACAGGUCCUGCAGCGCCAUGGCGUGCCCCCACCCUGCAAGGCCCUGGCUGGUGCCAAUGUCAGCACUGGCCCCAAGAGCCAGCCGCCGCCUCAGGAUUCCCAGGACCUGGUCCUCGGCGGGGACGUACCCAUCAGCUCCAUCCAGGCCACCAUUGCCAAGCUCAGCAUCCGGCCCACCGCGGGCAUGGACUCCCCAGCCGCCAUGCAGUCAGGCCCCACGGAGACGCCGGGCCUGGCACCCGUGAGCCUCUCUGAGCCUGCACCUGCCCCAGCCUCCCCCCCGCCCCUCUCCUCACCCCUGCCUGCUGCCCCCCAGCCCGAGGAGCAGCCACCUCUGAUGCCUGAAGCCCCCAACGUGGGGCCCCCAUCAUCCUCCCUGGAGCUGCUGGCCUCUCUGACCCCUGAGGCCUUCUCCCUGGACAGCUCCCUGCGCGGGAAGCAGCGUAUGAGCAAGCAGAGCUUCCUGCAGGCACACAAUGGGCAGGGCCUGCGCGCGGCCCGAGCCCCUGACGACCCCCUCAGCCUCCUGGAUCCGCUCUGGACCCUCAAUAAGACCUGAGUGCCUCUGUGCACCGCCUCAGCCCCACCGGCCCGGCCCUGCCCUGCAUCGGACCUGGUGUUUCUCAGCUCUUUGCUAUGAAAUAAACAGACCUUUCUGUGGCCA